UUCUGACUUGUUUUCUCCAAAUGUUCUAUAUCGAUAGCAAAUGGUUUGGCAUUCACCCAAAAAAGUCAAUUUCUUGAAAAUUGGUUAAGAAAUGAACAAGCUACGACUUAAUUUCAAUGUUCAUUACCUAUGAUGGGAACGUCGCCCUUCCCAACAUAGCCGCCACGUUAGCGUAUCAACCCUCAUCAGUUGGUUGGUUGAAGCGUGACGUCACUGACCUUGUCGUCCAAAACCGGAAGAACAAGGAGCGUUCUCAUCUGAUCGUUAUGUGUUUGUUACUCUUUACACUACCGUUGCUUCCGUCCGACGCCAUUUUGAUGAAACCGAGGCGAGAGGGGAAACUGUCGUGUGCCCGUCUCCCCGCCCUGUGAUUUUUAGAAGGAGACCAUCUUUUUUUUUCUUUUUACACCUUUUUGUCCUCCUCGCGCCGAGGAGAAGAAGGAGCACACCCCGAUGGACCCGGAGAGGAAAAACGCGCCGUUUCGGGGGUAGCGGAGGCUUAUCGUUAGCCAUAGCUUGUUAGCUCGGCAGCAUUCGGUUUUCGGCUUUCUCUGCAUUUCUGAAUAAUAUAUUGUCUUCUCGGUAAUGGGGGGUACUUAGCGUUGACCUAAAUCCCGUGGACUCGUUCUGUGGACUGUUUUGUGACGAACUGAGGGUGGGGAAGUCCCCCACCGCACAACCGCCACUGCCUGGACUGCGGUUAGCAACAUUAGCUGCUAACCAAGCGGCCCUCCCUCGCUUUCGUUCCUCUUCUGCCGCAAAAGGACUACUGGUGGCGGACGUGGCCACCGAUAGAACGCCGCUCUCUCGGUAGAAGCGAGCUCGGACUGCAUUGGGCCGCCCUUGGUUGUAUUUUCGGGGCGUUUGUAUGUGUCGCUUUGGUUUUGGACUCGAGAGGACUUGACAAAAAGGCACAUGGCCUUUCAUCUCUUGCGUUGGGAUUAAACAAGGACUCUGCGUCAUUGACUCGCCCUCCAUUUUUUUCCUCCUUUUUUGUCCAGUGUCUCAAGCCCAAUUUGACGUAUUAAAAAGUUACCAGGUUUGGCCUCCUGUGAUUUGAGUGUUGACGCUGUUUUUUUUUUCGUUUGUUUGGUUAUCCAAAGCCUGUGUCUCUAUUCCACCCGUCCCCAACCCUCUCCCCCCCCAACCCUUGUUAUAUAUAUAUAAAAAAAAAAAAGUGUGGCAAAAUGUCGUGUGUUCACUACAAGUUCUCCUCCAAACUGGACUACAACACGGUCACGUUCGAUGGGCUGCACAUCACCCUGAGUGAGCUCAAGCGGCAGAUCAUGUCCAGGGAGCGCCUCAAGGCCACAGACUGCGACCUGCAGAUAACCAACGCGCAGACGCGAGAAGAAUACACGGAUGAUGAAGCCCACAUCCCCAAGCAUUCGUCUGUGAUCGUCCGCAGAACGCCGAUUGGUGGCGUCAAACCGGCUGGCAGGACGUUCAUUGUAGAUCGUUCUGACACGUCUGUGGCGGGAUCGUCGAGACCCACCGACUCCUCACCAUCUAUGUCUCUCGCCCAGCUCACCAAGACCGCUAACCUGGUUGAUGCGAAUGCAUCCGAGGAGGACAAGAUUAAAGCCAUGAUGACUCAGUCCAACCACGAAUACGACCCUAUUCAUUACUCAAAGAAGGCAGUCGGACCGCCGCCGGCUCACUACCUCUGUUUCCGUUGCGGAAAAACUGGUCACUACAUUCGGCAGUGUCCUAUGCUCCUGGUCCAGGAUAAGAGUGUGGAGGCUCCCAAGCAGGUGAGAACCAGCAAGGGGAUUCCUCAGAGUUUCAUGGUGAAAGCAGAACCGGGCACCAAAGGAGCCAUGUUGACCAGCACUGGAGAAUACGCCAUCCCGGCCAUUGACGCGGAGGCGUAUGCGCAGGGAAAAAAGGAGCGUCCGCCGUUCGUUCCGCAUGACCAGUCGUCCUCUGAGGACGAAUCCGAUCCCAUUCCCGACGAGCUGCUGUGCCCCAUCUGCAAUGAUCUGAUGACAGAUGCUGUGGUCAUUCCGUGCUGCGGGAACAGUUACUGUGACGAAUGUAUCCGAACAACCUUGUUGGACUCUGAGGAACAUAUUUGCUUCACAUGCAAACAAUCAGAUGUUUCGCCCGACAACCUCAUUGCCAACAAGUUCCUUCGACAGGCUGUGAACAACUUCAAGAAUGAAACCGGCUACACGAAACACGGGCGCAAACAAAUCCAACCUUCAGCUCCUCCUCCUCCACGGCUUCACCUCCUCAACAGGCCUCUGCAGUCCAGGCAGCAGGACCCCCUGAUGGCCAACAUUUCCCACCCACCACCUCCUGUUCUUCCUCACGCUGCCGCUACCACGAGUGUGGCUGUCCCUCAGGAUCGUACCCCGCCCGCGGCACCCCCCGCCACUAACACCCCCACCCCUACGCCUUCGCCGCCCCCUCACGCUGACGUCACUGAGGAAAGGAAAGAAGCAUCGCCGGUUCCACCACCGGUCGUUGAUCACGGUUCUCCUCGGGUCUCCGCCAGUCAGGACGAGCCACCCCCGCCAGGCGAGUCGGACCCGCCUCCACCCAUUGUGAUUCAAGGCCCAACUAAAAACACGGAAAGCAGAUCACAGGCUUACAAUUUGCCUCUCAUCAGUGCACCUUCAUCCUCGAGGCCUCCUCUUCUGUCAGGUCCACAUUCCCGGCCCCAGCAACCUCACAGGGACAGGGGGGGAAGACACUGGGAAAGGUCCUACAGAACCAGAGGCGAGCCCUCCUCCACCCACCUCCAGACGGCCCAGCUCCCUCUUUCCACGCCUUCCAUGUACGUGUCGCCCUCCCUCUACCCGCCCCCACCGCAGCCAUACCCUCCCCUGUACCCCACAGGCCCCGGCCUCCUCCCGCCGCCAACGUUGGGUUACCACCCUCAGCCCAUGUUCCACCCUGGGCCGCCGGGCGUCAACCCCCCCUGGGGAGCUCCCGGCGGCCAGCCCCCUCUACUUACCCUGCCCUCCUCCCUCAGUCAGCCCUCUCUCUCCAAAGAAGACUUCUACAGGCAGCGGCACCACCGACAAGACAACAUUACAUCCAAACUUGACGAGUUCACAAAAGACUUCCACAAAGAGCUGAUGAAGUACCGAAAUGCACCAAAGAGGCAGAGACCUUCAUAUUCUAGAUCACGAUCGUAUAGCCGCUCUCCGAUCAGCCGCUCUUACACGCGCUCUCGCUCCAGGUCCAGAUCCAGAUCGAGGUCUUACUCGUACACCCCGAGUCGAUCUCGAUCACGCUCACGCUCCCACGGGCGGCCGUAUCCUCGUUCACCUUACUCACGACGUAAUGGACGCAGCUAUGGACGCUCUCGAUCGAGGUCCCGCUCCCGCUCGAGGUCGUACGGGUACCGCCGCUCUGGUUCGCCGCCUUCAUUCCGUGCUGCUGCUUGGGAGGGGGCGGAAGGGGCGCCGCCGUUCCGGUCCAGGUCUCACUCCCGCUCUCCUGGCGGUUUCCGGAACCGCAGCCCCGGUGGACGAAAGCCGCCACCUCGUGAAUUACCACCUUAUGACCUGAAGACUCUCAGCCCCGGUUCUCACGAACGCUGGGAACGGGAUAGCUACCGGCAGUGGGAGCGUGAGUACAGAGAAUGGUACAACAAGUAUUACAAAGACUACGAGAACCAACACCAGGUGCUGUAUCACCGGGGCCGCGGUAGCAGGGAGAGGGAACGAGAGCGGGAACGAGUAUCCCCCCUGCACAGGGAGUACUCCCCCCAAGGCAGAGGGAGAAGAGGUAGGGAUGAGAAAGUGCCACCGACUCACAAUCCUCCAUCAUCCUCAUCAACUAAGACAAAUGCCAAGCUCCUGAAGACCAAGAAAGUCAAAAAGAGGAGAGCCGGGGAGGAUGGAGAGCAAUCGCAUCAUUCUGUAGACAGAGGUGACGCCACGCCUGUCAGAGAUGAACCCAUGGAUGACAUCCUGUCGCCAAACAAAACGCCCCCCAUCUCCUCCAAGCCAGCAUCCUCUACUUCCAGCUCCAAGGCUCCUGCCUCCAAAAUCACCACGGCACCCGCAAAAGCCUCGGUCAAGUCCAUGUCCAAGACUGACAAGGCCAAGAAGGAGAAGGGUCAGAAGGUAAAACCUAAAGCAAAGACUGAUGCUUCCAAAGUCAAAAGCGACAAAGUCAAGAAGAAGACUGGUGAGUCUGUUGUGACCAAAAAGAAAGAGCCCUCUUCUGCUGUAGCUACUAAAACAUCAAAAACCACCAAACCCAAACCCGAAGAAUCCCACAACUCGAUAGCGCCAAAAAAGGAAAAGUCUAAAGGCUGUUCUGUGAGGCCACCCCUCCUAAAGACACCCCCAUUGUUCUCCCAAGGCCUACCUCUGCCGCAUCCAUCUCUCCACGAGAGCCUUCGGCCUGGCAAUGACAACCGAGGGCGAAGAGACGCCCCGCAUGGCGGCGGCCUCAUCCCUCUGCCCCACCAACAAGUGCUCCCUUACCUCCACCGACCUCCUUUGCGGCUGGGUGAGGAGGGCCGCUCCUUACUCGGGUCCCCGCCUGGAAAACUCCGGAGACUGGAUGGACCCGGGAUUGGAAUAGAGGUCUUCUCGCACCUGCACGACACUCAUCAGUCGGCACUCCAGAGAUUCUCGCACGCGCCUGACAGACCAGGUCUUCUUCCUGUCCUGGUGGGCCGAGAGAUUCUCUGGGCGGACAAAGACAGAGGCGCUAUCAGACCUCUCAUGGAUUUGCCGGUGAAGCCAGUGACCCAGAGAAGCAUCCCUCUGAACAGAGACCUUGGAAAAAAAGACAACCCCACCUCAGACAGAUCAUCCUCGGACACUGAUAAGACCACCGCAGACCGAUUCGGUGCUGCCAACAACCCGGAUGCGGACAGACCCGCCGGUAAUUCUGAAGGUGUUGACGCAAAGGAACGGUCGUCUUCCUCUGACGGGGGGGUCUCCAGAGAAAAGGCUGGGGAGAAAUCCUUGGUGUCUGACAAAGACGCUGACCGGAACUCGGGAGUAGACAGAGAGCGGGAAAGUAACUGGAGAAUGGACAGAGAGCGGGAGAGAGGUUCAGAUCGGGGGCGGGAAAAAGUCUUGCGCUCAGACAGAGACCGGGAAAAAGCUUUGGGAUCAGACAGAGAUCAGGAAAAAACUUCGGGGUCUGACAGAGAUCGGGAAAGAACCACAGGAUCUGACAGAGAUCGGGAAAGGGGUUCAGACAGAGACAGAGAUCGGGAAAAGACUUCGGAUCGCGAAAGGGGUUCUGACAGAGAGCGGGCCAAAGGUUCUAACAGAGACCGAGAAAAGGGUUCAGACCGUGAUCGCGCGAAAGCAUCGAGUUCGGACCGAGAUCGUGCAAAAGCUUCAGAUAGAGAGAGAGAAAAAGCCACUACUUCUGACAGAGAUCGAGAAAAAGCUUCAGGAUCUGACAGAGACAGGACUGUGGUAUCUGAGAAAGAGCGCGACAGAGCAUCUGGAUCAAGCUCAAAGAAGGUCUCGGCAGUGAAAGACGCUGAUGUAGGCGAAAAGUUGCAGAAGACUGAGCAUAAAAACGCCGGUAGUGCAGCCAGCAGAUCUGUUUGCUUGGACAAAAUGACCAUCGCGGAGAAAUUGGCCAUCGGCAAGAAGCAGGGACACAACCAGGAGAAGCCGAGCAAUUCCUCCAAGGAGGCCAUGGAGAAAGCGGCAAAAUCAGAUCGUAGUGUUUCCAAGGAGAGAGCAGCGAAGACUGCAUCCACCGGGAAGAAACCUGACCCCACUCCCAAAGAAGGGAAAGACGGGGAGACAAAAACGGCGAGGACCAAGCCCAAGAUCAGUCGCAAGGUCUUAUCCAGCCAACCUGCCAGCGCCGCCAGACCCACCCAGGAGCCUAAACUAAAUUCUGGAGAGGAAGAAAAGAAGAGGGACUCUUCGGCAACUUUGAAUCAGAUGAUUCAGUCUAGCCCCAAAAGCGCUGGGGAGGAGCUCCUCAUUCAAGUGCCUCCUCGCUCCAAGUGGGAGCGGGAAGAUGACGAAGAGGAGGACGAGCAGUUGGCUGCGGUGGUAGCGACUCCUCAAGAGAUUCCCAAAGAGCCGUCACCUGUCCCCAAGAAGACUGAGGCAACGUGGAUUGACAAGAAGGCUUUGGCCAAGGAGGAGAAGAAGAGGGUGCCCAAGGACGAGAGCAAGGCCAGCAAACCCACCAAAGUCAAGAUUGUCCGAGACGAGAGGAAGGCGAGUAGAGGGGAAAGGGGAUCCAAAGCAGAGGUAAGAGAAGGGAAGGAGCGAGGUUCACCCGGGAAGGAGGAGAAGAACGUUAGCUGCCCGGAGCCCAGGAGGCAGCGCCUGUGCUCGGAUCUGGCCCGCGAGACGGACGAGGCCUCCUUUGUGCCCGACUACAGCGAGGGUGACGAGGCCUCAGACAGCAGCCCCACAGCCAGCCAGCGCUCCAACAGCAACCGCAGUGACUCGCCCUCCGCCGCCUCUGCCUCGACCGGCGCCGCCGCCACUGGUGACAGGAAGAAGAAAAAGAAACACAAGAAGCACAAGAAACACAAGAAGCACAAGAAGCACAAAGUAGCGGAAAAGGAGGGUGGUGAGCAUAAGGACCAUAAGCAUAAACACAAGAAGAAGAAACACAAGAAGAGCAAAGACAAGGACACUGAGGAAGGCAAGGCUGAGGAGGAAGAGCCGCAGGGUGUAGCUGGUGCGCAGAUCUCCAAACCUUGAUGCCACUUGGAAAUCAAAACAGCAAAAUGACACACAGAUGAAGUCAAAGCUGAGGUAGAACUGCCAUUAGGAAUCGCAGCUAAAACCCGGGCCUCUCAACUAUAAGAACAGUUGGAAGUCAAAAGAGCUGAGACAACGGGACGUCGAGGCUGAUGUUGAAAGAGCCGGGAAUUGAAACCAUACGUCCAAAACUUGUCACUUGGAACUCAAAUGAAUACAACGCUGAGGGUGUCAAAACUGAGGUGAAGGAAGAGCCGGAAGCCAGACCUCCAACCUCGACGCCACUUUGGAAAUCCAUUUACUCAGGGAUACACAGGAGCUUAAUGUCUCCGCCUGUUAUUUCACUGUACAUAAAACCAGGAAGUCUUGGUCCCCUCCCUCCCUCCCUCGUGAGGAACUUGGUCUCUUCCCUGUGAAGGAUCUCACGCAUUAAUGGCGUUUACCUGUAAAUAUUCAUUCUUAGUCACACUUUCAUGGCUAAUCCUAUGUUUCAGGACGGUUUUCCUUGCUUCGCCAGGAUGUGAAUUAAUGGCGUGUACCUGUAAAUAUUCCUGGUCACUCUUUGAUUGUCCUACCUUUCAGGACGGUUUUCUGCAUUAGGAGUUCAAGCGAAUUGUGGCGUUGUCGUUUGAGACUUGUUUUGUUAGUAUUGCACUUAAUUAGAUAGAUGUGUGACCAUUCAUGGGCUUGGAAGGUCAACAAAUCUGUUGUGGAGUCACGCAACACUGGAUACGAAAAACAAACAAACAAACAGGUGUGUGUUUAAGCAGAGUCGAUCGAAUUGAUUUUGUCGUAGUUUUCCCCAGUCUGAUUGUGUGAGUGGACAGAAACAGGAUUCUUACUAAUGACUUGUUCCUGAUUCUUGCUUCUUUUUUUUUUUUUUUUUUUUUUAAAUUAAAAUGUUUUGACCCGAAAAAUCCCUUGUUUUUAUUAAACAUUGUCGUCCAAACCCGGCCGAAAUGGAAUCUUAAACGAUUUGUGACUGCAAACUAUGAAAAUGUCUACCCUCUGUUGCCUCUAAAAUUAUACAAAAAAAAUGAUAGCCAAACAUUUUGGGGGACUUAACAGCCUCUAGGAUAAAAACAAAACAAUGCGGAAAUGCAAACCCCAAUUUCAAUGAAGUUGGGAUGUUGUCUAAAAUGUAAAUAAAAACAUUGCAAUGAUUUGGAAAUCCUUUUCAACACAUUCUAUUGAAUACACUACAAAGACGAGGUAUUCAAUGUUCAAACGAGAAAAACAAAAAAUCCAGAAAAUCACAUCUGAUUUUUAAAGACUUUAUUAGCAAAUUAUGGUCGAAAAUAAGUAUUUGGUCACCUACAAACAAGCAAGAUUUCUGGCUCUCACAAACCUGUAACUUCUUUAAGAGGCUCCUCUGUCCUCCACUCGUUACCUGUAUUAAUGGCACCUGUUUGAACUAUCAGUCCACAACUUCAGUCACACUCUAAACUCCACUAGGGUCAAGACCAAAGAGCUGUCAAAACAGCAAUUAGAAAAUGGAAGACAUACAAGACCACUGAUAAUACUGGAUCCUCCCUGGAUCUGGGGCUCCACGCAAGAUGUCCCCCUUUGGGGUCAAAAUGAUCACAAGAAGGGUGAGCAAAAAUCCCAGAACCACACAGGGGGACCUAGUGAAUGACCUGCAGAGAGCUGGGACUAAAGUAACAAAGGCUACCAUCAGUAACACACUACGCCACCAGGGACUAAAAUCCUGCAAUGCCAGACAUGUCCCCCUGUUUAAGAAGUACAUGUCCAGGCCCGUCUGAAGUUUGCUAGAGCGCAUUUGGAUGAUCCAGAAGAGGAUUGGGAGCGUGUCAUGUGGUCAGAUGAAACCAAAAUGGAACUUUUUGGUAAAAACUCAACUUGUCGUGUUUAAAAGAAUGCUGAGUUGCAUCCAAAGAACACCGUAACUACUGUGAAGCAUGGGGUUGGAAACAUCAUGCUUUGGGACCAGGACGACUGAUCCCCGUGUAAAGGAAAGUAUGAAUGGGGCCAUGUAUUGUGAGAUUUUGAGUGAAAACAUUCUAUCAGCAAGGGCAUUGAAGAUGAAUCGUGGCUGGGUCUUCCAGGAUGACAAUGAUCCCAAACACACUGCCCGGGCAACAUGGCUUCUUUGGAGGGAGUUCAAAGUCUGUGAUCCCCAAAACAUCACUGCUCUAGAGGAGAUCUGCAUGGAGGAAUGGGCCCAAAUACCAGCAUUAGUGUGUGAAAACCUUGGAAAGACUUGCAAAAGAUGUUUGACCUCUUUGUCAUUGCCAACUUUUAUGUAUAUAACAAAGUAUUGAGAUGAACUUUUGUUAUUUUGCACCAUAAUUUGCUAAUAAAUUCUUUAAAAAUCA